AGUAAGGGUUCUCUUGCGGCCGCGCUCGCGCCACGGCGGCGCAGCAGAAUUCGAAGCUACGGGUUUCUCUCUUUCGUAGAUCCUUGGAGUUUCCUAUGGAGCUCGGUUGUUGAUCCAUUUCUAGGGUCUGCAUCGGUAUUUAAUCGGUUCGGCCUCCGACACCGAUGGCUACCGUCAACACUUUUGAUCUCCUGGCCGAUGACGACAACGACGAUCCUUCGCAUCUUUUCGCUGUCCGGAAACAGAAGGUUGCCUUCAAGAAGCCCCACGCACCCGCGGCUGUGCCGGCGACCAAAUUCCCGAACAAGCCCCUCACUUCCGCUCAAGCAGGAAACGGGGACGUCAAUGGAUUUGCCAGGGGCUACGGUGGCGGUGUUUCUGAAGAGGGUGAUGGUGAUAAGCCCUCUGAAAGGGGGCGUGGAGGAUAUGGGGCGCAACGGCAGUAUUUUCGUGGUGGUCGACUUGGUGGAUAUGGCAAUAGUAAUGGAGAAGGCGGGUCUGACUCCGAACGACCCCCACGUAGAAGGCGGUGGAAGCGGUCGGGGUUAUGAGAUGAAGCGUGAGGGCACAAGGCGUGCGAACUGGGGAACCAAGGAUGAUGAUUUGAUUGCACAAGGGACCGAAGAAGAGGCAGACAUGGAUGGGAAGCUUGCAAAUUCUAAGGAAGAAUAGGAUGGUGGAACACAAACAGAGGUGAAUAAGGAAAGCAUGGAGGCCACAGCAAUUGAAAAUGAUGAAAAAGAACCUGAAAAUAAGGGUUCCGACAAGGAUAUGGGAAGAAGAAAAGAUAGUGCUGAUCGGGAGGAGCGAGGCAAAAAGGCAUUGUAUUCUCUGAUAAAUAAGUUUGCUUUGAACAGAACCAAACCUAUGUGAUUUCCUGCUCUAGUCCGAGUAUCACAGAGUUUCUGAGACCAGCUGAAGAGGAAAGAUGCUACAGUCUUGGUGGUCAUGGCCAUGGCAGAGGCCAAGGUGAUCGUGGGACAUACCGGAGCGAUUUGGCGGUGCAGCAGUAAGCCCCACUUAUGCUCCUUCCAUUGAGGAUCCUGGACAAUUCCCCACACUUGGGGGAAAGUAGAAUACUAGUAUGCCAAUGCCUUUUUCCCCACCCUUCUCUUGCAUCUCUUUCAAAAUUUUGUUUAUCUAAUUUAGAAACUUGUCUGACUUCUUUCUUUUAAUUAUUCUGUUUAGAAAUUCUAUAUGGUUAAUACUCAGGUGGUACAAGUUCUUGUA